AUGUCAACCAAUAAUAAUAAUAACAAAAAACUAUUUGUAGUUAUUAAUAGUUAUAGUAAACAAGGUAUUUCAAUCAUUAAUUCAUUGAUUCAAGAUGGAAAGUGGAACAUCAGAGGUGUUAGUUCUAGAGAUUCAUCUACCAUUGCUUUGGCCAAUGAAUGGAAGGAAAAGGCUGCCAAAAACAAUGUCAACAUUGAAUUUGUACAAAGGGACGUCACCAAGGAUGUCUCGGGACUGUUUGAUGGAGCAGAUGCAGCCUUUUUGAUGACACCAAACAUUGACUAUGCCGAUCCAGACCUUCCAGCCAAAGAGAUUGCCUUUGUCACAUUGCAAGCCGACGAAGCUCUCAAAGCCAAAGUACAACAUGUCAUCUUUUCGUCAGUCGAUACUCUUCCACAUCCAGAGGCUAUCGAACCUGGUUUUGAUAUCCUUACCUGUAGACCAAAGGUACAAGCCUACAUUGAGAAACUUGCCUUCCCCUAUGUCAGUGUAUUCUUGUUGGCCUACUUUCACAGCAACACUGUCGAGUUUAUCCCACCUAAACAAGAGGUCAAUGCCACCACAGGUGUCACCGAGUUUGUAUUCCCAUUCCCAUACUCUAUCGAUUCUGUUCAACCAUACAUUGACACGUACACUGCCACUGGUCCAACCGUACUAGCAUUCCUCGAGAAUCCCAAGCUUUACAAUCGUAAUCCCAUCCCACUCGUCAGUGAAUGGUUGACCUACCGUCAAGUCGUUGAAACCUUUGAAAACAUCACUGGUAUCAAGUCUCGUCCAGUACAACUCUCCAGAAAGGAAUACCUUGAAUGGAAUGGAUUCAACGGUAACCCAGUCACUGAACUCAUUGGCAAUAGAAUUUUCCAGGUUUGGGAAUCAACCAUCACUCAAAGAUAUUAUGAUCCAUCACAUGACCCAACCACCUUUAUCACUAAAAUACAACCAGAUGCACUUACCUGGUCAACUUUCUUAAAGACCACUCAAUGGAAAGGUGAAUCAUAUCAAGAAUUUAAAGAAAAGAAUCAUUAUUAA